GUCAGGAGUCGCUAGCUGAAGGGAUACUCCGUAAGCUGGGCGGCCUCUGUCAAGCCUGUUUCUUCUGUCGCCUCUAAUUACGGAGUAGCAAAACCACAAAUCCCUGACGCAAGGACUGACGGGUCGGAGGGAUAGGCAUUGCUAGGUUCCAUGCCCCCGAUGCCGUCCUCCGAAACAGCUGCGAGCUGAAUGAUCUUUCGAGCAUCGCACUCCGCCUAUCACUGGUGAUACAGCACUUCGGCCAAUUUGACUACAGGGUGAUCACCCUCUGUGAGGAGCAGAACGCCAGAUUAUGCAUCCGGCCAAGAGGAGACGCCUGGAUCAGUCUGCCACAUCGUUGACCAAGCCCUUUCGCUCACCGCUACGAAAUCAUUCGAGCAAUCAUUCCCACAAAGGAGACAUUUCCAGCCCAGAAAAAAGGCUUCACGAAGCCACUAAGCAAUCCUCGCCGCCCGUGACUACUUCUCAUGAUGCAGAUAGAACGUCCACAUCGCCUGUUGGUCCCGAAUCAACCCACCCUGAUCGAAACAUCGAUCCAGGUCUUGACCACAAAAGCAAUCAGAAGCAACAUAUUGCCCUAUCACUUCAAUUGAAGAAACUGUCCCAGUCACUUGAUCUUGCUCAACAAGUCUUGCAUAUCGAGACGUCUCAACAGGAUGCACAAUUGAGAUGCUUGAUCUCGAAAUGGAAGCAGGUUGCCCGUAACGUCGCUGAACAACUGUUCGAGGAAGCAAAGGAGCGUAUCAACGACAUGGGUGGAUUCACAGCCUGGCAAGCCCGCUUACAAGAGGAUGCACGUCUUUGGCACGACGUUCAGAGGACAAGUCACGAAUCUCCUCGAUCCAAAGUAGAUGAGGAUUCUUCCCGCGAAUUUGCAACUACGGAGACAGAGAGACACACCACUGCAGAGUAUGAAGAUACUCAUCCAAGUUUCUUCACCAUGGACAAAAUGCUUCGGGAGAUGAACAUUGACCUGAAGCUCAUUGGGUAUGACAACGAAUCUGAGGGGUGGAUCGAUUGACCUUCUAACACCCUCGUCGUGCUCGAUGUGCCUGCAUACAUCUUGGCCUGGAAGUCAUGUUUCUCGGCGUGUCACUUGCAAUCGGCCGUGUCGACUUAUACCCGAGGCGAUUCGAACGAGCGCUCGAGCAUGAUCGCGCCUCUUCCGGACCUCUUCCUUCGGGAGGACCAAGGACAAAACCGCGUCUGGGUCUCUGUCUCUUGGGCGGCGAUCAGCAUUUGUCGGACACCGCGGAGUGACCCCAAUAUGCGGCUUUGGAGCGAACCUUUCUAUGACCGGACUUUCCGCCAGCGGCCGUCGGCCACAGCAACACAUCGUAGCUGGUGUGUCCUGCCAGGAAUGUAGUAUCAGUCUUCACAAACAAGAAU